AGGCCGGGCAGCAGCGACAGGGCGCGGGGUGGCGGGGCGCACCAUGCCCACGUUCGACCAGGCACUGAGGAAGGCGGGCGAGUUCGGGCGCUUCCAGCGGCGCGUGUUCCUGCUGCUGUGCCUGACGGGUGUCACCUUCGCCUUCCUCUUCGUCGGCGUGGUCUUCCUGGGCAGCCAGCCCGACUACUAUUGGUGUCGCGGGCCGCGCGCCACCACGCUGGCCGAGCACUGCGCCUGGAGCACCGAGGAAGAGUGGAACCUCACCACGCCGGAGCUCCACGUCCCAGCAGAGCGCCGCGGCCAAGGCCACUGCCACCGCUACCUGCUGGAGGCCACCAAUACCAGCUCAGAGCUCAGCUGCGACCCACUUGCUGCCUUCCCCAAUCGUUCCGCGCCUCUGGUGCCCUGCAGCAGCGACUGGCGCUAUGUGGAGACCCACUCCACCAUCGUCAGCCAGUUUGACCUUGUCUGCAGCAAUGCCUGGAUGUUGGACCUCACGCAAGCCAUCCUGAACCUUGGCUUCCUGGCUGGGGCUUUUACCUUGGGCUAUGCAGCGGACAGAUAUGGCAGGCUUAUCAUUUACUUAAUAUCCUGUUUCGGCGUUGGCAUCACGGGAGUCGUAGUAGCAUUUGCGCCAAAUUUUUCUGUGUUUGUGAUCUUCCGCUUCCUACAAGGGGUGUUUGGAAAGGGGGCCUGGAUGACUUGCUUCGUGAUUGUGACUGAAAUAGUUGGCUCAAAGCAGAGGAGGAUUGUGGGAAUUGUGAUCCAGAUGUUCUUCACCCUUGGGAUCAUCAUUCUUCCUGGAAUUGCCUACUUCACCCCCAGCUGGCAGGGCAUUCAGCUAGCCAUCUCUCUGCCCAGUUUUCUCUUCCUCCUCUAUUACUGGGUGGUCCCUGAGUCUCCCCGCUGGCUGAUCACCCGGAAGCAAGGAGAGAAAGCCUUGCAGAUCCUGAGGCGUGUGGCUAAAUGCAACGGGAAACACCUCUCGUCAGAUUACUCAGAGAUCACGGUUACAGAUGAAGAAGUCAGUAACCCAUCCUGUUUAGACCUCGUAAGAACUCCCCAAAUGAGGAAAUGCACACUCAUUCUUAUGUUUGCUUGGUUCACAAGCGCUGUGGUGUAUCAAGGACUUGUCAUGCGCCUGGGACUCAUUGGAGGUAACCUCUACAUAGACUUCUUUAUCUCAGGACUUGUGGAGCUGCCUGGAGCUCUCUUGAUCCUUCUGACCAUUGAGCGCCUUGGACGACGCCUUCCCUUUGCGGCAAGCAAUGUAGUGGCAGGGGUGUCAUGUCUGGUCACUGCAUUUUUACCAGAAGGGAUACCAUGGCUGAGGACCACAGUUGCCACCCUGGGAAGACUAGGAAUAACCAUGGCCUUUGAAAUUGUUUAUUUGGUAAAUUCAGAGUUGUACCCAACGACAUUACGGAACUUUGGGGUUUCACUCUGCUCAGGCUUAUGUGACUUUGGCGGAAUCAUAGCCCCGUUCCUGCUCUUUCGACUAGCAGCUAUCUGGCUAGAACUGCCUCUAAUCAUCUUUGGGAUCCUGGCAUCUGUCUGUGGUGGCCUCGUGAUGCUUUUGCCUGAAACUAAGGGCAUCGCCUUGCCAGAGACGGUGGAAGACGUAGAAAAGCUUGGCAGUUCACAGUUGCAUCAGUGUGGCAGAAAAAAGAAAACCCAGGUUUCCACUUCUAAUGUCUGAGGCCCCUGCGUUGCCUGGAGGACCAGAGAAGCUGAGCCUAGAAUAUGCAGUGUGCUUUACCUCCUCUAGGUGGCGCCCUUCCAAGGAACCGUAAAGAUUCCAGAGUAUUUUAUAAGGUCUAAGAUGAAGAUUUAUCACGCUACCCAAGCUUCUGGGAACACAUAAUUUUUCACCUGUUUAGCGAAGAUCCAGUAGGUACACAGAUUCUGCCUAGGCUCUCUUUCAUUGGGAGCAAUGUCUCUUACCCAUUGGGUAAAGAGAGAUGAGAAGGCCCCAAACAGCUCUCCAGUUCUCAGGACAGUCCCAUCCAGGAAGCAGGAUGAACAAACCAAGGCCUGCCACGUGUACAAAAGUGUGCUCAGCUAAUCUGAUCAAGACACAGCCGUGAAGAGUGUUCUGAAGAGUCUGAGAACUGCUAUUUCUGCUUCCCUUGAGCUCCGAAUACAUGCCUUCAACAGAGCCUACGUGUCCGGUGCCCCUCCCCUCCUGUCCCCUGCAGCCGCUGAGGUUCCAGGCCCCAGGUUAGGCACAAUUCCCUAACAAAAACAAGUCAGAAAUCUGCAACACAUCCGAGGGCCUGGCUGUAUUAUUAUGAAGUCAUACUGCGGUCCCCAGAUCCCUGAUAUUUUGCUGCCUCCUUCAGUGGACCGCUAUAAUCACAGAUUCUUUGUUGAGGAAGAAAAAAACAUGGAUUUUGAUUUCCCAGGUCUUAGAAUUUGAAAAGUAAAAGGACAGUUACGUCGUAUUUGUGAAUCCCAUCCCAGUGAUGCCUGCGGCUAAGAGUCCAAAGCACAGACUUUUCUUUAUUCUGUCUCGGGAGAAACAGAAUUUUUGACUUGUCUUGGGAGAAAAACAAAACAAACAAACAAAAAAAAAACAAAUACAAAUAGAUUUGUUGUCCCUUAAUGAUAAAAGUCAAUUGUAUUCACACUUAAAAGAAUUAGCAGCCGAUUUAUAAAUGAUGUCGGAGUUACUAAUGAGGGACUUUUUUAAAAAAAAAAAAAAAGGCUUCUCAAGCAGAGACUCAAAUGUAACACAGUAUUCUAUGUAGUGUGCAGUUCUUGAUAUAUUUUCAGACUCUAUGUGUGUAAAGUUGAAUGGUUCUUCAAUUUCAAACUCGGUGUGGUCAGGCAAAAUUAGCAUCAAAGGGAAACCUUACCAAUGUGGAAUUAAAAACUACGUAUGUGGAGAGCAUAAGACGUGUUUGCAACACGAGAGAAGAUGUGUGUGACUGUAAAACCAAUAGUUCAGUCCUGAAGCACGUGAGAACAGAAUGUGAGUGUUCAGUUUCCCAACAGCCUUUUGGGUAUUCAUUGCCACACCCACUCUGCGUGCACAGUUUGUGGCCUGGCUUCCUGUGUGUUUCAUGGCUGUAGCACAGUUCUCGUUCAUUCUGCCGCCUUUGGGUUGCAUUUCAAGUUGGCAGUUCUGUUUCAUAACAAUAAACGAUUUUUAAACUGUUUUUAAAAAUAUCUAUCCUUUCUCCUCCCUGUGAACAUGUGCUACAGUCAAACACUAUCCCACAUAACACGUGUGUGUUGCUCACUGUCUCCAAACUGGG